AUGUCACACACGGUCCUGAUAGUGCAGUCUGACUCAGAUGUGGACAGCAGAACAUGGCUUGAUUUCGAGACUGUGGGCGAUUGCAUGGAUGGGAUUUGCAGAAGCUUCGAAGAACACUUAAAGCAGCGGAAUCCGCACUCUCAGGCGAUGACUUACGACAUAAGUCAGCUGUUUGACUUCAUCGACCGAUUGACUGACAUCUCGUGCUUCGUUAGCAACAGGAAUCAAGUGUACGUGUCACACAAUCGUGAGUGGAUCAAGCAGCAGAUAUAUUUGAAACUCAGCAGUCAGUCUGCCAGCUAG